AUGAAACGUGUAUUAUUAACUCUUAUAAGUUGUUUUGUUUUCAUAGUUUCAAAACCAAUCGAAGAUGUAAGUUGAAAAAAGAAAACUGGGAAAAAUUCAGAAAACUUGUAGGAAAACUUGGUAGGAGAUUCAUUGGAUAUUAAUCGCAUGGCUGACUCUGGAAACCUUCUGAAAAUGAGAAAUGAUGGAUACAAAACUAUUUAUAUUCGAGCAUUUGAUACUUAUGGAUUGACAAGUUUUGAUAAAUCAAUGGCACAAACAAUUCAUGACGCGUAUAAAAACAAUUUCCAAGUUGAACUUUAUAUGGCACCAAAUUCAUAUAGUUAUAAAAGUGGAGCAAAUCAAGUUCAAAGUUUUUAUGAUGGUUUGAUUGAUAAUCAAAUACCAAUUGAUAGUUUAUGGGUUUCUGUAAAUCAUACAGCAGUUUGGUCAGUUAAUACAACUGCAAAUAUUGCAUUAGUUGAUUCCGUACUUCAUAAAGCAAGAGUGAGUUUUGUUUAAAAUUCAGCAUUCAAACCUUGUGUUCCAGCAACUUGGCUUCAAAAAAAUUGGCAUUUUCACAAAUUCUGAUGAAUGGCAAAACAUAACUGGAAACUGGAAAGAUGCUGGAAGUGAUAUUCUUCUCUGGUAUUGGAGUCAUACUGGACAAGGGAAAGAUGGAGAAUCUGCAAAAUCUUUUGAUGAUUUUGUUCCAUUUGGUAGCUGGACUCAAGCGGAAGUUAAACAAUAUGGAGUGAAUGAGUUGAUGUAUAACACAAUUGUUAAUCGGUGAGUAUUCUUAUGCAUAGUAACAUCUAAAAUCUAAAAUUUUUAGAGACAUCUAUAAUGGGUCGACUUCUCAACGCCGUAAUUGA